AUGUCGCUUUCCGAACCUCCAAACCAAUACUCUUACUCCCCCUCUCUGCACUGGAACCCACGGGUUCACCAAUACUUCCUCAAUGCCUACGGCGCCGACCACUUCUCUCGCAUAUCCGCUGCGCUAACACGACCUUCUUGCUACUCUUGCAUUCGAGUUAACACACUCAGGUCCGCGGCGGAUGCCGUCGUGGAGAAGCUGCGCUCGCUCGUCUCGACUACGGCAGUGCAGUACGAUUCUGAAGAUGGGGUGGCUAAUUCAUUGAAGGAGUUUUUGGAAGAUGCACCUGCUCCUUUUUCCAAGUGCAAGAUUCCCGGGCUUGAUUAUGUGGUGUUUGUUUGGGGCUCGGGACCGCACCGUAUCGACUAUGGUGAGGCGCCUCCCAAGGAGGUCAUUGUUAGUAGGAAGUGUGCCGAGGCAGUUCUUCGAGGUGCUCAGGUAUAUGUUCCUGGUGUGAUGGCUUGCAGUGCUCAUGUUGAGAAAGGAGAUACAGUUGCGGUUUCGGUUGCUGUGGAGCAGCAGGGUGCUGAUGGGGGAUGGGGUAUUGCUAUGACACGGGGCACUGUUCUCCAAGGAUUAGAGACAGAUACUUAUUAUUUUGAACGGAAUGGGCUUUAUAUUGGGCAAGGAACAGCUAUGAUGUCAAGGGCUGGGAUGUUCCGUGUUUCUGAAGGAGUUGGUGUGGAUAUGAAGGAUAGAGUAUAUGAUCUUCAUUCUUUUCAUAAUGUGCUCGAGGGAGAAAUAUUUCUUCAAAAUUUGCCAAGCAUUAUUGCUGCUCAUGCAUUAGAUCCACAAAUGGGUGAACGAAUACUGGAUAUGUGUGCUGCACCUGGAGGGAAAACAACCGCAAUUGCAAUACUUAUGAAGGAUGAAGGAGAGAUCAUUGCAACAGAUAGGUCUCAUAAUAAGGUGCUGGAUAUUCAGAAAUUAGCAGCUGAAAUGGGCUUGAGUUGUAUAAAGACAUUUAAACUAGAUGCUCUUAAAUCUGUUUGUCGAAGAGAUGAUAUUGAUACUUUUACUGAUCCAUGCUGUAAUAAUGCCAAAAAUGAUGUGACAAAUCCAGUGUCUGAUUCCCCAAAUUUGGAAGUUGAAAGAGUGUCACCCAUUGUUACAGAAGGUAAAGAUGAACAGACAAACAGAGGAGUUUAUGUUAGCAAAGCUGAGGCCCGGAAGAACAUGCGAAGGGCUCGAAAUGGACCUGGAAGAAAUCAGUGUGUUGGUGGUAGGGUUGAUCGCUCAAAAGGUUUUCAUCCUGACAGUUUUGAUAGAGUUCUUCUUGAUGCUCCCUGUUCUGCCCUUGGUUUAAGGCCUCGAUUAUUCGCUGGAGAGGAAACAAUUGAAUCUUUAAGAAACCAUGCAAAAUACCAGAGAAGGAUGUUCGACCAGGCUGUUCAAUUAGUUCGACCAGGAGGAGUAAUUGUCUAUUCCACUUGUACGAUUAAUCCUGGUGAGAAUGAAGCAUUAGUUCGAUAUGCUUUGGAUAAAUACAAAUAUCUGUCAUUGGCACCGCAGAAUCCAAGAAUAGGAGGACCGGGUCUAGUUGGUAGCUGCGAAUUUCCUGAUGGAUAUGUAGAGGAGUGGUUACGACCUGGGGAGGAAGAGCUUGUUCAGAGGUUUGAUCCAUCAUCUCCCCUUGAUACAAUUGGGUUUUUCAUUGCCAAGUUUCUCGUCGGGUCUAAAGAUACAGCUAUUCAUUAA